AUGAACAAUUCAAUCGUGGAAAUUCAGGAAUUAUAUGAUGAAUGUCAAUUACCCAAAAGCGAUGAUCUGAGGUGGUAUCUCGUGGCUGUUGUUGGCACAUCGUUAAGUCUUAUAAGUUUAUUCACUAAUCUUUUAAUCGCACUGACAUUAUUAACACGACGCCGAAAGCAUUUUUUCUUUCUUGGCUUAUUAUCAGUCAGCGAUAUUUUUCUUUCGUUUUGCUACGGUCCAGUUAUUGCGAUGGAUGUAAUCAAGAAUAGAGUUCAGUUAUUGUGGCUGAGCAGGUUAUGGUGGUUUUAUGUUGGACCACUGCUUGCGAUGUGCCAUACGUCGAUGACAUUUUCGUGUUUUCUUAUCACACUUGCAACGAUUGAAAGACUUUUAAUCACACAACAGUCAAAAAUUCUCAAGAAAUUUCAACGAAAUCGCGGUCUUCUAGCAAUUCUUAUGUUUCUUUUCGCUGCUGUUGUUCGAGGAACGGCCGUCUUCGAAAUUGAAUUACAACAUAAUGUAAAUUGUACGGGUCUAACUGAAUAUGAACCAGUUUUAACGCCACUUGUUUUUACUUGGUUAUAUGGUACAGUUUUUCGCUUUUAUUUUCGCAACAUCAUUACCGUAUUUGUACCAUUUUUCUUGCUUGCAUAUUUAAAUGUACGAAUAAUUACAACGUUGAGAGCUCGACAAGCUUCUUUUUUCCAGUAUAGAUCAAGCGAGCACAAGAAAAAAAUUCGUUCUGCGACAAGGUUAACAGUUCUUAUUGUGUGCUCAUAUUUAAUGGCGAAUGUUUUAAAUGUUUUUAUAACUGCAUGGGAAUAUUUAGAUUUUCAAUCUGCCCAAACUGAAGAAGCAUUUUGGAUUUACGAGAUUUGUACGGAUAUAAUCUCAGUACUUUACGUAUUUACUUGCGCGACUCGUUUAUUGGUCUAUAUUUCAUGUAAUAUGGAAAUUCGUUUGGCCAUAUUGGAAACACUGUGCAGUUGGCAAAAAAAGUCUGCCAAUACAAUGAUUUGUUUUCAUAUCGCAUAA